GACGGCAGAAAGAACCGAGGGGCUGCUGUUGGUGGGCGCGCCUGAGAUCCGAGUGAGAGGAGUGUGACCCGGAAGCGGAAGCGGAAUCCCGUCCCAGCUCCGGUGAGUGGCCCCUGCCGGGCCGCGGGUCCCAGCUAGGCUUCACGCUUGACACAGGCCCACUGGUGGGCUCCAGCUACCAUGGACCUGUUGUUUGGGCGCCGGAAGACACCAGAGGAACUGCUGAGGCAGAACCAACGGGCCCUGAACCGUGCCAUGCGAGAGUUGGACCGCGAACGACAGAAGCUAGAGACCCAGGAGAAGAAAAUCAUUGCAGACAUCAAGAAGAUGGCCAAACAGGGCCAGAUGGAUGCUGUGCGAAUCAUGGCAAAAGACCUGGUGCGCACUCGGCGUUACGUGCGCAAAUUUGUGUUGAUGCGGGCCAACAUCCAGGCUGUGUCCUUGAAGAUCCAGACACUGAAGUCUAACAACUCAAUGGCCCAAGCUAUGAAGGGGGUCACCAAAGCCAUGGGCACCAUGAACAGACAGCUGAAGUUGCCUCAAAUCCAGAAGAUCAUGAUGGAAUUUGAGCGGCAGGCUGAGAUCAUGGACAUGAAGGAGGAGAUGAUGAAUGAUGCCAUUGAUGAUGCCAUGGGUGAUGAGGAAGAUGAAGAGGAGAGUGAUGCCGUUGUGUCCCAGGUCCUGGAUGAGCUAGGAUUGAGCCUGACAGACGAGCUGUCAAAUCUCCCCUCUACUGGAGGCUCACUCAGCGUGACUGCCAGUGGGAAGAAAGCAGAGGCUGCAGCCUCAGCCCUAGUAGAUGCCGACGCAGACCUGGAGGAGCGGCUCAAGAAUCUGAGGAGAGACUGACCGCCCUAUAGCACCCUGGUGGGGGGCAGGCAGUGGAUGCCCGGCAUUUCUCUGUACUACUUCUGUAAUAAAGGAUUGGACACUAA